AUGACCACCUGGGGCCCCGGCCUCGCCCUGGCUGCCCUCAGCCUGAUCUGCCUCCUGGCCCGAUGGCUGGGGCUGUUCCCGAGCAGAGCCAGAGAGGCUCCUGGGCGCAGCCAGGAGGCCGCCGCCAGACAAGAGGCGGGGGAGGACGAGGACGAGGAGGACGAAGAGGAGGAGGAGGAAGAAAAUGAGGAAGAAGAGGAGGAGGAAGAGGAGAAGCCUGCCGGCUGGGAUGGCUUCAGUAAGGGCCAGGAACUGGUGCCCGGGGGCUGCCGCCUCCUCUGUAAGCGCUCAGCCCUGGCACACUGUGUCCUGCGCACCUUCCGCAAGUCGGUGGCCCUGAGCGAGCCUGCCCCCACGUCGUGGUUCUCAGGGCCGCAUCUGCAGACCUUGUACCACUUCAUGCUGCCGCCAGGCCCUGGGCUCCAGCUGGCACGGGAGAACCUGCAGCUAGCAGACAACGGGUUGGUGGCCCUGGACUGGGUGGUGGGGCCUUGGGCCCCCAGCCCUCAGGGAGCCCCCGGCAUCUACAGCUCCCCGCCGGUCCUGCUGGUCAUCCCCAAUUCCUGGGGUCGCCUCACCCGCAACGUGGUACAGCUUUGCCUCUUGGCCCUGGAGAAGGGCUACUACCCGGUCAUCUUCCACCGAAGGGGCCAUCAGGGCUGCCCCCUGCUCAACACCCAGCUGCAGACUUUCGGGGACCCCUCCGAUCUCAAGGAGGCCGUCACCUACAUCCGCUUCAGACAGCCCGCUGCGCCCCUGUUCCUGGUCAGCGAGGGCUCCGGCUCGGCCCUGCUGCUGUCCUACCUGGGAGAGUGUGGCUCCUCGAGCUACGCCACUGGGGCAGCUUGUAUUUCGCCAGUCCUCCGCUGCCGGGAGUGGUUUGAGGCUGGGCUGCCCUGGCUCUACGAAAGGGCCUUCUUGUUGCACCAGAAAAUCACCCUGAGCAGAUAUGCUACAGCCCUAGAAGAUAUAGUGGACACAGAUAAACUCUUCAUGAGCCGCUCCCUGCGUGAAUUUGAGGAGGCUCUUUUUUGUGGGACCAAGAACCUCCCCAUCAGCUGGGACACUUACUGGGAUGACAACGAUCCCCUCCGGGAUGUGGACGAGGCUGCCGUGCCCGUGCUGUGCAUCUGCAGCGCCGAUGACCCCGUGCGGGGUCCUCCCGGCCAAACCUUGCCCACCAAACUCUUCCAGAACAACCCCUACUUCUUCCUUCUGCUCAGCCGCCACGGGGGCCACUGUGGCUUCCUCCGGGAAGAUUCUUCCCCGGCCUGGAGCCACGAAGCUACCCUGGAAUAUUUCCAGGCUCUGACUGAGUUCUUCCGUUCAGAAGAGAGGGUGAAGGGGCUGUCCCGCCGCCGCUCCUCGUUCCUGGCAGGCCGCCGGCGCCGAUUCACUCUACAGAAGCGAGAGGCGGCACCCACCUCCCCUCGCCUCGAGGAGAUGUUUAGCUGGAAGCGGUCAUAUACCAAGUGAGGUCCACAGACACGACUCGGCAUCAUUGUGGCCCGGCUGACUCCUCCAUUCAUCGGUUCUGGCCUCCUGCAGAGGAAUCAUGCCAGUGCGGAAAGGAACCAUCGACGUGGGCAGUCACCGUCCCUCUGUGGAGCUGCUCCCUCGCAUCCCUCCACCUCUUCCUGCUGGUGGGGAUGGACCCUAACAAGGCUGGAGGAUCUCGGUCUUCCGUCCUCAAAGGGGUCGUGGUCCCUAAUUGGGGCAUUCCGAUUCGUCCUCUUCUACCCAACGUGUCUAUGCUGGCCACCAUCUUUUCCCAUCAUCGGGGGCCUCACAAAUCAGAGGGCAUUUAUUUAUCAGUGGGAGAGCGAUAGGAAAACGCAGGAGCCUCAGCAAAAAGAGCUCUUUUCGGGGCAGCUGGAGUGAGAGCCAGGCCUAGAGACAGGAGGUCCUAGGUUCAAACCCGGCCUCAGACACUUCCCAGCUGGGUGA